AUGGAUUGGCGGGAGAAGAGGGCCUUGAAGUUCUUCAUGCAGCGAACUGCUCCAGAGCUUGAGGGAUCCUUCCUAAGCCAACUGUGGUACGAAUUCUUUCAGCUUGCGACCGAUGGCAGAAAUCCUAUCCGCCCUGCCGUCGUUGCGGUCGCCAGUAUGCACGAGCAAUAUGUUACAAGCGGUUCCGCCGAUUUGCCUUUGCUCGACUAUUCAAUGGAACAGUACAACAAAGCGAUUCGAGAAGUAACUCAACUCAACGCAGCAAAGCAAGAGCAUGCUUUUGACCUGGCGCUCGCAGCUUGUGUCUUGUUCUCUUGCCUUGAGGGUCUAAGGGGUCACUAUCAAUCCUUGAUCAGCCAUAUCCUCUCAGGCAUGAACAUAAUGUCUCACAAAGUGGUGAGCAUGGACACAACCAGGCUCACCACACUCUCCCGUGUGCUGUUACACCAAGUUCUAAUGCGAGUCAAUGCUCAAGUGAUGGCCAUGGGCGACAACUGUAUGCUAUCGAACACGUGCACCGUGCAUUUGACCGUGAUCCCGGAUGCAUUCACCUCAGCUAACGAGGCCAUGUUUGCGUUAGAGCAACUCUAUUGUGCACUGAUGCACUUCUACACAAACGCCGAUGAAGCUUUCAAAAGCCAAAGGCCCUCUGCUGAACGGGCGGGGAAACUGUGGUGGCAGCGGGAGGCCUUCAAGGAUCACCACAAGCAAUGGAAGAGAUCAUCCACGCACAUCUUGCACUAUGGUCCUCCAUCAUCUCUCAGUUCGUUAAGUCAAAUGCCCCCUGAGGCAUUGAUACUUACCAUAACAAGCAUUUCCAUAUCGAUCUCGCUUGAUAUUGAUAUCAGAAACUUUGAAAUUGACUUUGACCGAUUCGAGGAUCAGUUUCGAGAGAUAGUCAUGGCUGCUGAAGUCUUCUUAGACAAAACAUCACCGGGAACGGGGGAUAAGUCUUCAUUAGACACGAAGAACUUUUGGACCGAGUAUUUCAGCGAUGAGUCUCAUAUACCAAGAUCUGAAAGCAGCGGAGACAGUCCAGAUAGUACAACAGGUUCUGGCCGUAAACAUAAGCCAGAGCUCAUGCCCUCAUUCUCCAUGCGCUUCGGAGUUGUCCCACAUCUGUAUUGGGCAGCCGCACGAUGUCGAAGCCCACGUAUCAAGCGUCGAGCAGUUCUCCUCCUCCUCUUAUGCAACCGUCGAGAGGGGCUCUGGGACUCUAAGAUCUGUGGACGCGUUGCUGAGCGCGUAAUCACUAUCGAGGAAACGGCAGCGCUUGCUCACAAGGAACCAGCAGGCUUUGAUGGCGACAAGUGUGUGCUGAUAUCUGCAAGUGACGUGCCAGGCGAUUCGAGGGUCACUGUGCUUCAGAGCAAGUUCGAGGCUGGUAAUAAAAUCCGAAUUUCCUACUCGGAUAUUGAAGGGGCUGGGGAGACGGUCGAGAUCUUGGAGCUGUAA